AGGCGGGGCUGUCCCAGCCGCGCAGUAGCCCGGAGGAGGAGAGCGCUUCCCCUGCGCGCGCCAGGAGCCGCCGCACUCCCGUCCUGUCCUGCGCCGGGACUCCGGGCCGCCUUUUGCCGGCCGCGCGCUGUGUAGUAGCGGAGGGCCGUGUCAAUCGCUCGCUUUCGUGUUGUGUUUCUGUUGCACAUCGCCAUCUUGUUGCAAAGGGCUUUUCUUGUCUGGAAGCAGCUUCGCGCAGGGGCGGGGGGCAGCCGUCGCCUGCCUGCCUGGUGGUGCAGCCCGAUCCCCCCCUCCCCCGCCGGACCCCCGGGGCGGAUUGCGCUCGCCUUCUUGGCCACAUCUUGGGAGGGGAGCCAGGCCUGCCCGCCCGCCCCGCCCGGACUUCCCCCUGCCACCCUCCUCCUCCGUUACCAGCGCCUCCGAGUCCCCGGGACCCUCGGCGGAGCCGCAGCCCGCACCAUGAGCAUUGAGACGUUGCUGGAAGCGGCCCGGUUCCUCGAAUGGCAGGCGCAGCAGCAGCAAAAGACACGUGAAGAAAAUGAGAAGCUCCACCUGGCUCGCGAGCAGGAGCAGAAGAAGACCAGCGUGCCGAGGGUGAACCAUGCCGUGCACCUGGAGGAGCCCCGCCACGAGAUCCCAACCCUGUCUCCGCCUGCCCCGGCCCCGGCCCCGCCCCCUCCUCCCCCGCCCCUGGCCCCGCCCAUCUCCAUCAUCCCCAUCCCGGUGGUCGCCAGCCCUCCCCAGCCGACGGCCUUGUCCCCGCCCCUCCUGCCGCGGCCCCCGCCUCUCUUGGGCACCCCCCCGGGCCUGGGCAAGGAAGCCCCGCUGGUGGCGCCCGUGAUCCAGAGGACGUCCGGCCCGCUCCUCCCCCCGGACGCCCAGGCCCCCACGCCCCCCUCGGGCAGCCCCCAGCCGCUGCCGCACUACGCCGCCCCGGUCCUGAUCUCCCAGCACCACGUGGUCCAGCAGCCCAUCCAACCUCUGCAGCCGCACCUCGUGGCCUCCCAGCCGCUCGGCGUCAAGCUGCCUCCGUCGGAAGACGCCAAGCCCAGCGAGCAGAAGAAGAGGCCGGGCGGGGUUGGCACCAGGGAAGUCCAUAACAAGCUGGAGAAGAACAGACGCGCCCAUUUGAAAGAAUGCUUUGAGACCCUGAAGCGCAACAUCCCCAGUGUUGACGACAAGAAAACCUCGAACCUCAGCGUCCUAAGGAGUGCCUUGAGAUAUAUCCAGACUUUGAAGCGCAAGGAGAAGGAAUACGAGCACGAGAUGGAGCGGCUGGCCCGGGAGAAGAUCGCCACCCAGCAGCGGCUGGCGGAGCUGAAGAACGAACUCAGCCAGUGGAUGGACAUCUUGGAGAUCGACCGGAUCAUCCGGCAGACCGUCCAGCCGGAGGACGACCAAGCCUCCACGUCGACGGCCUCAGAGGGCGAGGACAACAUGGACGAGGACAUGGAAGACGACAGGCCCGUCAGCUCGCUGCCGAAGCUCGCCCACCGCCAGCCCCCGGAGCUGCUGAAGUCGGUCCCUCCCAUCGCCCCGCUGCACCACCCGUCGGUCCUGCCUCUCCCGCAGAAGCACCCUCUGCCCCACGCGGCAGCCCCGCUGGCCCCGCCCCCCGCCAUCGUCCCCGCACAGACUCAUCUCGUGGCCGCCUCGACGGUGCAGUCGACUGUGAUUGCUCACACGGCCACCACCCACGCCUCCGUCAUCCAGACUGUCAACCACGUCCUGCACGGGUCGCAGGCCAAGCACAUUGCCCACAUCGCCCCGUCCACCUCCAGCCCGGUCCAGCCCAUUGGCCACAUCACGGUGCACCCAGCGGCCCUCAACCACGUGGCCCACCUGGGACAGCAGCUCCCCCUCUACCCGCAGCCCGUGGCCGUCAGCCAGCCCGUCGUCGGCCACAUCGCCCACGCCAUCUCGCACCAGCAGGUCAACGGGACAGCCGGCCUCGGGCAGCCGGCGGUCAUGGCCAAGCCCACUGUCGGGACGCAAGUGGUGCACCACCCGCAGCUGGUCGGGCAGACAGUCUUGAACCCGGUGACAAUGGUCACCAUGCCUUCGUUUCCCGUCAGCACGCUGAAGCUAGCUUAGGAAAGGCCCGCCUGGCCCAAACUCCAUGCAUUCCAGUUGGGUCCCUCUUCCAAGGUGUGUGUGUGUGAGAGAGAGAGAGAAACCUGAGCAGGAGGUCCGGGGAGGGGGGUGCGGCAAACCGACCCACCCUCCGCCUUCUUUUUUCCUUUCCAAUUUAGCUCUGCAACCUGGUAAUUGAAAAAUCAGGAUUCCUCAGCACUUGAAUCUUCCCUAAUCAGAGAGAACAUUGAAUGGAUAUCCCUUCAUAGUGAUUAUUAUUAUUUUUUCUUUUUACAUGUAAUCAGUGAACAACAACUAUGAUAAUGAGACUAUUUUAAAAAAAAAAAAACAACUCCACCCCUUUCUUUUUUUAUUACUAUUUUUUGGUGUGUGUGGGGGGGGGAAUGCUUUGCCUCUUUCUAGAAUAAUUUUUUUACAACCACGAUGGCCGAUCUUGUCAAGACGGCAUAGAUUGGAAAGAAAGAUGGGGAGCGGGGGGGAGGAGAUAUAUAUACACACACAUACAUACAUACACACCUGCCUGUAGAUGUAUGUAUGUAUGUAUGUAUGCAAAAUCAAUCAAGGCCAUUAAUAAGGCUGAUUUUUAUUUUUAUUUUUGCAGGAAAAUUAGGCAACUUUCACAAAGAGUCUUUUUCCCUUGGAGGGAAAAAACGGAGCAUCCUUUUUAGAUAAGUCUUUAAAGAGACAGAUGGUUUGGUGGACCAGGGUAAAACCAUAUUUAAAAACAAAACAUGUUAAGGUAUUUCCUUUUCCAGUAUAUUUGCAUUUCAGUAAACCAUCUAUAAUCACUGUGACUUGUUAUGGCAUUUUAAGGAAAUACUCUGUCUAAUAAAACAGGAACAAAAAUGAUGGACAA